GUCCGGUUCGGUUCGGUUCGAGUUCGGGACCUUCGGUGUGUUACGCGGCGUGCUCUCGUGUUGUUUACGUGAUGCACAUUUGAGAGUCGGGUGCACAAGUUUCUGACAGCUGCAGUUUGCAGUUAGUGUUUAAUCAUUUCAAUAGUUGCACAAUAUCAAUACUCGUAGUGGUUGAAUUUAAAACAAUCAAAUUGUUUGGCCAUGCGAAAACGCAAGCGUAAAGGAAAUUGUCACUCAUUAUGCUUAAUGUGGAACGCGUGUGGACAAUAUUGAUAGUCAAAAACGUUCAAUGCAAUUCCGUGCGCGAAAGUGAGUGUGUGAGAGAGCGAGAAAGAGAGAGAGAAAGAGAGCAAGCCGACGACGGCGACAAAGUGUGAGCAAGAGCGGAAAUUGAGGCUGUCACGAACUUGCCGCAUUAGCACAAAACAAACGCAACAACAGCAACAACUAAAACACCAACAACUAUAACAACAAUAAGAACAACAAGUCGUAUACGUAUUAUUAAGGCACAACGGAGAAAGAGAAACACACAGAAAUUCGUCUUGCGGCACUGAGAAACAGAUUUGUAUAAAUUGCACCGGAAGUGCGACUCAGAUAGUAACUCCAACGCAACUGCAGAGCUGCUUACCAAUGGGCAAUACCCAAAACCAGAAUCGUUCGGCCCUAACGUCGUCGUCGGCCCUUGAAAAGUCGCCAGCCACCAGCGGCAGCCUGGUGAGGUUGCCUCUGGUCGCAGAGUUGGGGGAGAACAGCGGGAGCGGGGGCAACAGCAGACGCAGCAGCCGGACGCGAGUUUUGAGCCGUUUGGUAAGCCAGAAGCGAGUUCGGGAUGCGUUCCUUCAGGCGGCAACCACGCCCACCUCGACCAACGGCACUCGCUCGACGCCCACAUCACCGUUGGCCGAGUGGAGCACACCGGAAGUGGAGCAUGGACAAUUGAAUGCCAACACAGAACAAAUGGAUUUUCAUUCAAACAACAAGGACUUGUUGGAACUGCAGCGACGUUGUCGUGCAGAUAAGAUCGCCUGUCUGAGCCUGAGUCGAAUCACGUACCUGAACAUUGCCAAUGAGCAGACAGAGCAGGAGACGGACACAGAGCUGCUCAAGGACUCGUUGAUAACGCCGGAGAGCUCGCCGGACGAGCGCAUGGCGUUGCAGCUGGGCAAGAAGCUGGCCCAAGUGCUGGGCAAUACGAGUACGCCCCAAAUGGAAACGGCGCUCACAUUGAACUCAGCACCAACAGCCACAACACCAUCGAUGGUUGGAGGAUCGACUGGAGUGGGAAUCGGAGUGGGAGCUGGAACAGGAACAGGAACCGGUGCUGGAGUUGGGGGUGGAGCAGUGGCUGUUGCGGUGGCAACACCGCGUGUUGACUCACCCUUGGGCAAUGGCGAGCUGUUCAACAUUUCGAAGGCCAAGAAGGUGGAGUUGCAGAAUCUGUCAUCGCGUUUCAGUGCCGCCGUCAACCAAACAACAUCCGCAACUCCAACUCCAACGCCAUCCCCUUCUCAGUCGCAGUCGCAGUCACAGUCUGCAUCCACAUUCGCAUCCGGAUCCGCACCUGAGGCAUCAGCAGUACCAACGCCAGUUCUCUCAACCCCAACUUCAACUCCAGCUACAGCUACAGCUAUAGCUUCGACUUCUGCUGCGACUCCGUCGACGCCGCUGGAAACGCAAUCAACUGUUAUAAUUUCGUUUAAAUCAUCUCAAACACCUGUGCAGUCUCAAGCGGCAUCGACUGACAAUGCUGCCAAUAAAGAGGAGCAGCAGCAGUUGUUGGAACAGCAGCAACAGCAGCCAGCAGAGGAUGGUGAGGAGGCACUGGAGGAGGAGACAGAACCGUUGCCACCGCCACCUGGUUACGGUACGCCCACCAAUCUGCUGUUGUCGAGCAAUGUGCUCAAAAAGGUGGCCAGCUUUUCGGUCGAGAGAUCGUCAACGGGCAACAGCAACAGCAGCGUCAGUGCUCAGUCACUGGCAACGGGCCACGAGGACAGGGAUAAGGAUAAAGAGAAGGAGAAGGAGCGAGAGAGGGACAAGGAGACAACGCUGCUGGCGACGUCAACGUCAGCGCUGUUGGAGAAGCAGCAGCAGGCCGCUGUUGGCGCUGGUUCGCGACGAGGCUCAUCUUUUGUACCGGAAAAGUUAAGCUUCGCUGCAUAUGAAAAGUUCGAAGGUCAAAUGCUGAUCAAAUGGUUAAUCUCUACGCUGCAAAGCAACAAUGCUACAGGACAAGAUGCCUUGAAUGCAAUGGCAUUACAGUUCUGCAAUAAUCUCAAAUAUGUUGGAGUACUCAAGCAGAUCUCCAAUGAGCAGCAGCAGCAGCAGGAAACCAUGUCCGGAUUUAGCCCCUAUGAAAUGUACCAAUGGACGCACACGGAGCAGCCCACAACAUCGCUCCCUCUGACGCCCGGCAAACUGGAUAAGGUGGCUGCCUGGCCCUUCUCUAGCACGCCGGCGGGAUUGAAGCAACACCAGUUGCUGGAAAGCAGCAACAGCACACAACAACUCGAUGGCCAGAAGAUGUUGCAGCAAGUACUCCGCAAGCGGCUGCUCAACUGCGCGACUCUCGCCGAGGUGCAUGCGGUGGUCAACGAGCUGCUCAGCAGCGUGGACGAACCGCCGCGGCGACCCUCCAAACGGUGCAUCAACUUCAAUGAGCUGAUCAAUGCCAGCGAAACAACCAUCUACGAGUGCAAUAAGCCAGUGGAGAGCAAAACCUAUGCGGAUGCGGGCACACAAACCGAGCAGCAAGAGGAUCAGGAUAAGACUUGUACGUGUGGAGCAGCCAAGGGUGUGGCGACGACGGAGCCAGUGCAGCCAGCUGUUGCAGCCACAGGCACAGCCGCAGCAACAACUACAGCAGCACCGCCUCCGCCACCACCUCCUCCACCACCGCCGCCGCCACCGCCACCCGCACCUCCCUUGCCCGGCCAGGCAGCUGCACCUCCGCCACCGCCUCCUCCACCGCCACCCAUUGCAGGUGCAGGUGCAGGAGGCGCACCGUUGCCACCCCCAGAACCCGCCAGUUCAGCAGGCCUAGUGCCACCGCCACCGCCUCUAAGUACCUCCAAGUCCGGCGCAAAUCUCUCGCCAGCGCCCUUACCCGAUCCCGCUGAAGGCAAUUGGUUCCUACGCACAAGCAUACAACGCAAGAGCGCCGUUAAUCCGCCGAAGCCAAUGCGACCGCUGUACUGGACGCGCAUUGUGACAAAUGUGCCGCCAGUGCCGCGUCCGCCAUCGGUGGCCAACUCCACGGACAGCACAGACAACAGCGGCAGUUCGCCGGAGGAGACGCCAAGCACAGCCACAACGCCAGCAGCCACAGCUACAGCAGCAGCAGCAGCUGCAGUUGCGGCAACACCAGCGGCAGCUGCGCCAUCCAAAGAGAUUUGGACGGAGAUCGAUGAGACGCCGCUGGAUAAUAUCGAUGAAUUUACAGAGCUUUUCUCCCGCCAAGCAAUUGCGCCCGUUAGCAAACCCAAGGAACUGAAGCCCAAGCGGGACAAGUCGAUUAAAGUGCUCGACCCAAAGCGAUCACGCAAUGUGGGCAUCUUUGCCAGAAGUCUGCACAUGCCGUCCAUAGAGAUUGAGCAUGCCAUUUACCAGGUGGACACCUCAGUCAUUAGCCUGGAGACGCUGCAACAAAUCAGUCACAUACGUGCAACCGAGGAGGAGCUGCAACGCAUCAAGGAUGCCGAUGGGGGCGACAUUCCACUCGAUUAUCCCGAACAAUUUCUCCGCGACAUUUCCCUCAUCUCGAUGGCCAGUGAACGCAUCUCCUGCAUUGUCUUUCAAGCCGAAUUCGAAGAGUCUGUGACGCUGUUGGUGCGCAAACUGGAGACGGUUUCUCAGCUCUCGCGACAACUUAUAGAGAGUGAAGAUUUAAAGCUCGUUUUCUCCAUCAUAUUAACGCUGGGCAAUUAUAUGAAUGGCGGCAAUCGACAGCGUGGCCAGGCGGAUGGCUUCAAUCUCGAUAUACUCGGCAAACUGAAGGAUGUCAAGUCCAAGGAGUCGCAUACCACGCUGUUGCACUUCAUUGUGCGCACGUACAUUGCGCAGCGACGCAAAGAGGUGCUCAGUCUGUUCAAUAUGAAGUUGCCUAUACCGGAGCCGCCAGAUGUGGAGCGUGCAGCGCAACUAGACUUUGAUGAGGUGCAGCUGCAGAUCAAGGAGCUGCACAAGAAGCUAACAGCUUGCAAACAGACCACAGCACAGGUGCUCGACGCAUCCAGUGGCAGCAUUCAGGAGCCCUUUAAAUCCAAAAUGCAGGAGUUUACAGCGAAUGCCGAUAAAUCGGUGGCCAAGCUGCAUCAGCUCCUAGACGAAUGCCGCGAUCUCUUUCAGGAGACAAUGCGUUUCUAUCACUUCUCACCCAAAGGUUGCACUUUAACCCUGGCACAGUGUACGCCCGAUCAGUUUUUCGGUUACUGGACGAAUUUCACCAACGACUUCAAAGACAUUUGGAAGAAGGAGUUGGCAAUAUUGGAGAACGAAUUUAAAUUGAAAAACAUGAAAAAACAUGCACAGGCUGAAAAUCGUCGCAAUAGCUGCGCUACCACGGCGCAGCCAAAAAGGCUUUUGUACAAGGAGCGCAUGGUGCUGCGACGCAGCCAAAACUAGUUGUUAGUCCAAAUUAGCUUUAGUUCUUUCCGUUUUUUAAGCUUAAUAAAAAUUUAUGAAAAUCCUCGCA